AUGACAUUCGAUCCAACAUUGAUGAAAGUGUUAAUCCUUUUCUUUUUAAUUUUUAAUAAUUCUGCUAAAAAUAUAUUUUUUUUUAUUUUAAUAAUAGGAACAAUAAUUACAAUUUCUUCUAAUUCCUGAUUAGGAGCUUGAAUAGGUUUAGAAAUUAAUUUAUUAUCUUUUAUCCCCCUAAUAAGUGAUAAUAAUUUAAUAUCUACAGAAGCCUCAUUAAAGUAUUUCUUAACUCAAGCAUUAGCGUCUGCUGUUUUAUUGUUUGCCAUUAUUUUAAUAUAUUUAAAUAACUUUCCUAUUACAGAAAAUAAUUCUAUUUUUAAUAACUUAAUUAUUUCAUCAUCACUUUUAUUAAAAAGAGGUGCUGCACCUUUUCAUUUUUGAUUUCCUAAUGUUAUAGAAGGAUUAUCAUGAAUAAAUGCUUUAAUUUUAAUAACUUGACAAAAAAUUGCCCCUUUAAUGUUAAUUUCUUACAUUUCACAAAAUAAUUUCAUUAUUUUAGUUAUUAUUUCUUCAACAAUUGUUGGAUCCUUAGGUGGAUUAAAUCAAACAUCUUUACGUAAAAUUAUAGCUUUUUCUUCUAUUAAUCAUUUAGGCUGAAUAUUAACAGCUAUACAAGCUAGUGAAUCAAUAUGAUUUACAUAUUUUAAUUUCUAUUCUUUUUUAUCAUUUAGAUUAAUUUUUAUUUUUAAUAAUUUUAAAAUAUUUCAUAUUAAUCAAUUAUUUAAUUCUUUUUUUAAUUCAAAAACAUUAAAAUUUAUUUUAUUUCAGAAUCUUUUAUCUUUAGGUGGAUUACCUCCAUUUAUUGGGUUUUUACCUAAAUGAUUAGUCAUCCAAUUACUAGUAGCUAAUAGACAAUAUUUUUUAAUAAGAAUUAUAACUGUAAUAACUCUUAUUACAUUAUUUUUUUAUCUACGUUUAUGUUUUGCUGCUUUCAUACUAAAUUACUUUGAAAAUAACUGAACUAUUAAUAUUCAAAUUAAUAAUUUUUCAUUUAAAUGUAUAUUAUUUUUAUCAUUUAUUUCGACUUUUAGAUUAAUAUUAAUUUCUUUAAUUUACGCUUACUUAUAAAAAGCUAAGGCUUUAAGUUAAUAAAACUAAUAGCCUUCAAAGCUAUAAAUAUAAGUUUAAUCUUUUAAGCCUUAGUAAUUUACUUACUCCUUUAGAAUUGCAGUCUAAUGCCAUUAUUGACUAUAAAGCUAUUGUAUCAAAAUAAUUGAUUAAAAAGAAAUAGUUCUUAUAAAUAGAUUCACAGUCUAUUGCCUAAACUUCAGCCAU